UAUAACUUCAGUAAACUGUUAUGGCGUUUGUGUCUCGAUACACAACGCAUUAUUAUAUCUCGGUUUCGUAUCAUACUGAAAAUUACAUUUGUGGUGGUUGAAUUGUUUUAUUUAUGUGCUACUGUUAAAGAAAUAAGCAAAUUGUAAAAUAAAAAGAAGUAACUGUGAAAGUGUAGGGGUUUUUAGGUUAUGUUUCCAUCUUUUAUUGGCAUUUUAGACAUUCAAUCAUGGUGGGAAGUGCCCAGCAUCGCGUACUUUUGUUCUCUAUUCAGGACUGCAUUCAAUCUUUUGGAUUUUGACAUCGAAGAAUUGGAAGAAGCUCUUUUGACAGAUGGGACAGAAGAGUCUGCCAGUUCUCUCCUGACAGAAUUGAUUGUUCGUCUUCUCAACGGUUGUUUAGGCAACAAUGACAUCUCCGCCUUUAAUUAUCAGAUGUAUUUGAGACGUCUUUUCAGACGAAAAUGUCAAGAUACAGGAAGAUACAACCCCUUCAAUACUGACAUUGACUUUCAAUUUCUGCCUCUGCGCACCAAAGUUGAAAUCUUAUAUGCAUUAUGUGAUUUUCGUUUAGAGGCAGAAGAUGUAUUUGAUUUGUUCAAAAACCUUGAAGCUGAGAGUCUGAGAGUGGAACCCUUGGGAUGGGAUGACAACUCCUCUGCAUAUUGGUACUUUUAUGGAACAAGAUUGUAUCGAGAGGAUAUAUUAAAAAAGACAAAAGGUAAAAAUAAGAAAAAGAAAAGUAAAGAAAGUAAGAAGCGGGGCUGGUUUUAUGGUGAUGAGUGGCUUGAUGAUGAUGACAACGAACGAGUGUGGCAGGUUGUAUGUUUUACAGAAGAUGACUGGAGCCACCUAACAGAAAAGUUCAGCAAGGCCACAAGCAAGGUUGAAAAAGAGCUGUACAGAUCUCUAUCACAAAACUUCUUACCAGAAAUACCCAGACUUUUUCAAGAAAAAGAGAGACUCCAGCGCAAAAGGUUGUUAGAGCUACUUCCACGACGUACAUCGAGCCGCGUGCUUCAGAAAAUCAAACAGAAGGAAGGAGAAGAGAAACAGAGCACGCAUGAAGUCAAAGAGGAAGAAGGGGACAGUAAAGAAACGCCGGACCUUGCGCGCGAAAAUAGAGCUAAGAGGAGGAAUUUGAUACGAUCAAAGUCGGAGUCAUCAGAUUCGUCAGAAAACACAGAAAGUGAAAAAGAAGAAAUGCCUCAAAAGGUUUCAAAGAGAUCCAAAAGCCAAGAUAAGCGGUCAAAAAACUCGUCGGCUACACAAAAAGGCGAACCACCACCAGAACCUCUAAUAAAAACAGGAAGAAAGACAAAUAACUCUUUGGCGUCUGCUACUGGGCAAAUCUUGAUCCCUGAAAAUGAACCUGUCAACAGUACCAGGAAGAAACUUAAAACAUCGCAAGUAUUCAGUCAAAUGGAUGAAGAUGUUCAAACAGACAUGUAUAAAGUCCUAGAGCAGUUGACAGCCCAUGAAGACGCGUGGCCGUUUAUGGAUCCAGUUGACGAAAAAUUUGCUCCGAAUUACUAUGCAGUGAUUAGACGCCCCAUGGACUUAAAGAAAAUGGAGGAACGACUUGACAGUGGUUAUUACACGGAUUUCUCUAUGUUUAAAGCAGAUUUCAAACUGAUAGUUAAUAAUUGUCGCCUGUUUAAUGGACAAGAUAAUGAAUACACUAUGAUGGUAGAUAAUUUGCAAGCAGCAUUUGAUCGUCUGACAGAAAAGUAUAUACAUAGAUUAUCGUCAUCAGAUGAAGAAAUUGCAGUUGAAUAUCAAUUGCCAACACCUUCUCGAAAACAUAAGUUAAAAGAUAGUGAAUCUCCAACUCGGCAUAAAAGAAAAAAGCGAAAAUCUCAUUCUGAUACAGGGGAUCCAAAAUCCAGUUCAUCUGAUAAAGUACAAGAAACACAAGAAAAUGAAGUUGAUCCAAAAACUACUGGAGUCACAAAGUCUAAAGAGUCUCACAAAAAUAAGGAUAGUAAAGGUAAAAAGAAACGAAAGGGUCAUCGACAUGGUAAACAUUCCAAAAAUCAUAAGAAAGAUUCUCAUAAAUCUAGCCACGGUGUAUCAAGUAAAAAACAGAGAAAACAUAAUAAAAAUAAGGAUAGAGAUGGAAAGAAAUCAAAGAAAAAAAGGAAUAAGCAUGCAGAAUCUGAUACCGAAGAAAUUAUCAAACGCGCGCCGUCUCAAGAGUCGUUGGAGAGCUCGAACAGAAGCAGAAGUGCUAGCCCCUUACCAUCUAUACACACUCCUUCGCCAUCGCCCACUGAACUCGAGAAGCCGGAACAGGCAGAUCAGCUGUCUGAUCCUGAUUUUUUCAAAGAUAAAUAUGAUAAAAUCAAAGAAAGAAGACGACAUGCUGCUAAAGAUGCUUGGGAAUCAUUAUUUGAUUACAAACAAAAGGCAGCAGAUAAACAAAAUCUUCACAUACCGGAAAAGGACAAGAAUCAAAAACUGAGAGAGACAAUUGAAAAACUAAAAGCUAAAAAUGAAAAAUACAAAGAUCCUUCCAUAUUUAGCAGUUUAUUUACUCCAGGACAGAGUAAGGUAGACAAAUUGUCUGACUUUAACAAAGACAAGGAGACUUCUAGCAGAAAUGAUGAAUUCUCAAAUGAUGACGAUAGUGAUAGUCCGAAAAGUAAAACAACAAUGAAAAAAACAAAUAAGAAAAAUUCUGCUAAAAAUGAGUCUGCUUCUGAAGCACUUGAACAAGCUGUAAAGGACAUCAGUAAAUGGUUAGAUGACGCUCCCAAAGGAUCCGCUGUAAGCUCUCCGUGCGAUAGCCCUGCACAAACAAUAUCUACAGAAGAACACGACAAUAGUCGUCUGGACGAUGAGAUUUCGCAAGGUGAAAAAUCUUUGUUCGUGAGAAAAGAAAUAAGAAAAAGACCUUCUUCUCGAGAGCCUAAAAUGGUUAAGAGAAGGGAAAUUCAGAGAACGAUUGAUAGACUACAACCUGGCAAAGGUAAAGGAAACUUACUGACUAAUAUUAGCAACAAAAAUUCUGAAAAACUAGAAGAGGUUGCACCUCUUGGGUCCCUAAAUAAAGUUCGUGAUACCAACAAAACAGAAGAGGAAAGUCCAAAGCUUAGUCUUGGAUCCGUGUUACCAAUUGUAGAAUUUGCCCUUGGAAAUGAUCAUUUUACAGAUGAAAAUAAACCUGAUGAUCUAAAAGAUAAUAGUAACAAUGUUGAAAAUGAAAAAAAUGAAGAAAAGGAAGCUUUGAUGCCUGCUAGAAACAGUGAUGUGACAACAGUACAAUGUACUAAAAAAGAUGCCGAGGUUGAAACUGAACCAACUACAAUAGUGAAACCAAGUCAAGAAAAAGCUACUCCUAACUUAAGUGCAUGGUUUAAGGCAUUUGGUGCACCUAAAAGUACAUCAACAGCUACUGUGACAAAGAAGAAAAAUGAAGAUACAACUGAUAUUGAAGAUAAAGUGCCUGAAAAUACGAAUAGUGAAAAUAAAUCUGUGAGUCCUAAAAAUGUCUCAAAGUAUGAUUCGCCUAAUGAUUCGGAAACGCCAAAUCCGGAAGGAGGUGAUAGUCCCUUGCCUAAUACCAUAGCUACCCCUCGGCAGCGGCGAACAAGCACUGGUAGCUCUGUAUCUGAAAGAUCAUCCUUCAGUCAAGACCUUGAUUCACCUAGGCAUCAGAUGUCACAUACUUCGCCUUUACUUCGUUCUCCAGCCUCCCCAAGGGCAGAUGACUUUCAAAAAAUAACUUAUCCAAUUAUAAAUGGCACAGUUAGAGCCGGAUUUUAUCAAGACACAACAUCAAUAAAAAGCAGUCCAGAAAAGAGUUGUAGCCCUCGUGAAGCUCCACAAUCACCUUAUUCUCCAUACUCCCAACAUGUAUAUGCAUCUAACAGUGUUUUGGGGUCUACAACUCCAAAUUACUUUGUAGAUCAUAACAAGAGUCCUCUUCCAACAUACAGUAAUAACAAUCCUCCUCCCUACUAUGACACUACUAAAAUAGCACCAACAAACAAGCCCACCGGCCCACAUGGAGAUUAUACAGUGCUUGGCCCAGACUCUUACCAACAAACUCAGUAUGGUGCAUCAUUUUCUCCAGGUCAUACAACAUACCCCCAAGCGUCUACAUCAAAUUAUUCUCAAGUUCAAUCUUCACCUCAACCAGUGACGACAACUCAAACACCAUCAAUAUCAAAUACAUCACAAAUUAUGACAGAUCCUAAGACUUCUCUAUUUCCUGUUAAAAAACGAGUGUAUAAUGAACCCGAUAUACCAUCUGUACCAACUAAAAAAAAUCCAGAAGCCAAGGAAACAACAGCAGCAGCCCAAAACAAGAAUGACUUCCAGAAAAUAUCACAAUCACUUCAUUCAAUGACACCUUCAGUGGAUGAUAUUGCACUCGCAUUGAGUGAAAAAUCUGAAUUAGCAAAAUUAAAUAGUUUGCGUGAAAAAAGUGCUAUGGAUUACAUGGACAGACGGGCUGGAGAAAACAGAGACAAUGCAUAUGAUAAUAAUGAAAACAUCCAUGACCUUAAAAAAGAUACAAGUAAUUACGAUUCAACAAAAGCCAUUGGGAUGCCAAAAAAAGACAAUAUUGACAUGGUUAAUAUGGGAUAUAUGAAUCCAGAUUGUGAGAGACGAAGCAGUGGAGAAGUUGAUUAUACUUUAAUCCGGGAUAUACCCAAACCAUCUAUAAAUCAACAACAAAAGGGCUAUGAAGUGGAAGCAAUUGCUAUUAACCUUGGAUUAAAUAAUCAACAUUUGCAAAAAUGUACAACACCUAAAAUCAACAUGAAUCCUAUUAACAUACCUCCUGCACAUUCACAUGACCGUUCGGAGAUGAUGAAUCAAAACUUGAUUCACGCCCACCACAAUCAAUAUGACGCGUUGUCAAGUGGUCAACCUAUAAGUAAUUUCUCUUUGAAUGACAUAGAACUAGCUAAUAAAAAACUGUAUUCUUGUAAUACUACAUCAUCAGCAGGAGCCAUUGAUUAUGGCAAUUGGAAAAUGGGCAAUCAGGGUCGAAAACAAGACAUUCUACCACCAGAAUACCCUACAAAUUACAGUGCAAGCAGUACAAAUAAACUUAAAUCUGAUUUAAGUGGCACAAACGCCAAUGUUUUACCGUACAAUAAGAACAUACAGCACCAGCAAUACAGUAACUACAAUACUCCUCAAAGAAGCACCAUUCAGAGAGCACAAGAACUCCAACAAAACCUACCUGCUGAAUUGAGGAUACCUAACCCACGUGGACUUCUCAAGAAUGACCACAUGAAUGUAGCUUCCUCUAUUAAUAAUAAUGAACAAAUUGCCAAAAAUAUUGAUACACUUGCCAAAUCUCAGAAAACGGAUAAACUUGUUCAAAAUCAUCCGUUGGUUAAUUCAAUUCCAUACAAAGCACCGUAUAGCGCACAUUCAUCUCUUCCGUUGGACAGUCUGCGCAAUUUACCUAAGCUUCCGCAAAUGUUAGAAAGGUAUACCAAUGAGGAAAGAUAUUUGUCGAGUUUUGCGGGUGGUUCGGCGUCAUCUCUGUACCAUGAUAAGUCUUUCCAAAUGGCGCAAAUGUUCAAUAAGAGUUUAUCUUCUGAAGUUCAUCCAGCUAGUUCUUCUGUUAGUAUAUACUCUCAACCAUCUGUUGCAAUGAGUAAAGAUAACAGUAUUACAAAAUCAACCAAUGUUUCAUCAACUUCUACUGAAUCAAAAGCAAAGAAUAAAAAGAAACGAGCCGCAGAUACUGUUAAACAACCUCAAGUUGUAACCAAUCAGGCCUAUCAUACUACCCCUUGUGCCACUGACGUUUUGUCGUCUGUUAAAACUGGAAUGAUGCCAACUAGUGCAUUUAACUUUGGAGCUUCUACAAAUAUGGGUCUAGGCAGUGGGCUUUAUGGAGACAAUGGUGGAUUUUCUAUCGAAGAUUUUCGGAAUACCAAUUUAAUGGCAGCUAAUUAUAUGGCAGCGGCUGUAGCACAUCAACAACAACGAAAUAACCCUGAAUCAAGUGUGGAUAAAAUGGUUAAGCCGGCACAUCAGAACUCCAGCCAUGCUGCUAGCUCCUUUCCUUUUAUAGGACAUUCUCAAGUACGUGGGGGUUAUGGAUAUGUGGGGGCGGACGGGUCGCCUUUGUACCAACAGUAUUUACAGCGCCACCAGGAGGAGUUGUUCCGCCAGACGGGUGCACAGAUUAUGGGCUUAUACCCACCGGGCUACCACGCCUCUCUAGGCGUCCGGCAGCCCUAUGAUGCUAUCAAUCGACCCUCGUGGCUUUAGGCGUCAAUUUAGAAAUACUUCAGUAUAAAAAAAUAUUAUAAUCAUAAAUGUGACAUUUGUUAUAGGAAAUUGUAAUUUAUAUUGUUUGUAGAAUUUAAAUAGCAUUUUUGUGAAGAUUAAUUAUUAAUAUUUACUAUUUAUAUUUACAAAUAAUUGUUUGCAAUCAUGACAAUGCAUGUUUACUUGCUCUUUAUAUUUAAUAAUACCGACUGUUUCAUUCAGAAGACAUCUAAUUUACCAUCAUGCAGGUGCUGCGAUUACAAUCGUUAAGUUUUACCUUUUUGUACAGUAAUAACUUUAACCAUGCUUAGAACUUUAUUUGUUAAUGUGGACACUGAAAAACAAAUUCUCUAGUUAUUACCGAAAACUACAAGCCUUGAUAAUAAUGAAAGUAUUUAUAGUACAUUGUUACUUUUGUGCAAACCAGUGUGGUGUUAUUAAUAUUAAUCUCUACAUUAAAUUUUGUAUAAAAAGUGGCAAAAUUGUUACUUCAUUGCUUUAUUGUAAUUUGCUUACGCAUAUUUCUGUCUGCUGCUUUUGAAGAUCGGUGUUGUAUUAAAAUUAUCAGAGCUUACGAGGAUGAUACCCAAGCCUGAAAACUUAUAUGUUUAGUUAAAAUAGUUUACAUAUAUAAAUUAGCAUUAAGCUAACUUGAACAAAUGUCUGUAUGCGUAAAUGUACCCCCGAAAUCCCAGUUUUAUGUAUUUAUAUAGUAGUGUAGCUAUCAGGUAUUACUGACGAAAAUAUCUUUAAUGUGUUAAAAAUCUUAUAAAAAUACACUGGUAUAUCACUAUAUAAUAAUGAAUAUGAAUUAUUAAUCACGAUUUUAUCAUUAAAAACUGUUUCUAAGCGGUUGGCUUUAAUAAUUUACUCAAUACUUAUGUUUGCUUUUAAGGUCACAUUAAUUCAUAAUAUUGUUAUUUAAUAAUUUUAAAUUUUAUGUUGUAUGAAUUGAUUUAGAUUGUUGUGUAAAUAUUUCACUAUUUUAUUUACAGUCUCUAUUUUAUUAGCAUUGACUAUAUUUUCAUUGAGAUUUAAUUUUAAUUAAUGUUAAGUUAAUGAAAUUAGAAAUAAGUUACAUACUUUAAGGAAUAUUGAAAAAAAAAAACUUCUUGUGUAAAAAAGAAAAUAAAGAUUUU